AUGGAUGAAGCUGCCCCUCCAUCUGAAGCCAUGGCGUCCGUCUCGAUUUCCUCUACAUCUCAGAUGACUGCAGAGGAGAGGUUUAGAAUCGUGAGGAGCAUUGGAGAAGAAUGUAUUCAGGAAGACGAGUUAUUGAAUCUUCUGUCCAAGAAGCCCGAGCCCAUCUGCUACGAUGGCUUUGAGCCAUCAGGCAGAAUGCAUAUUGCGCAGGGCGUUAUGAAGGCAAUUAAUGUGAACAAAUUGACUUCGGCCGGAUGCAAAGUCAAAAUAUGGAUUGCUGAUUGGUUUGCUCAGUUAAACAACAAGAUGGGCGGGGACCUGAAGAAAAUCCAAGUUGUCGGCGAAUAUUUGAUUGAGAUAUGGAAAGCUGUAGGAAUGAAUCUGGACGAUGGUAAGGUAGAGUUUCUCUGGUCUUCCGAGGAGAUCAACUCAAGAGCGCACGAGUACUGGCCCCUUGUAAUGGACAUAGCCAGGCGAAACAAGCUUCCUAGGAUAGUGAGGUGCUGUCAAAUAAUGGGUCGUUCUGAACAAGAUGAGCUGACAGCUGCUCAAAUCUUCUACCCAUGUAUGCAGUGUGCCGAUAUUUUUUUCCUGAAGGCGGACAUCUGUCAGUUGGGCAUGGAUCAACGGAAAGUGAAUAUGCUUGCUAGGGAGUACUGCGCUGAUAUUAAGAGGAAAAAUAAACCUAUCAUUCUGUCUCAUCACAUGCUGCCUGGUCUGCAGCAAGGGCAAGAAAAAAUGUCAAAGAGUGAUCCAACUUCUUCCAUCUUCAUGGAGGAUGAAGAGGCUGAUGUAAAUGUCAAAAUUAAAAAGGCAUACUGCCCUCCGCAAAUUGUAGCUGACAAUCCUUGUCUGGAGUACAUAAAAUACAUAGUUUUGCCUUGGUUUAACGAGUUCAAGGUUGAACGAAGUGCUGAAAAUGGCGGUUCUAUGAUCUACAAAAAUUUUGAAGAGCUGGCGGCUGACUAUGAAAGUGGUAAGCUGCAUCCAGGAGAUCUCAAACCUGCCUUAUCGAAAGCACUGAACACAAUUUUACAGCCGGUACGUGAUCAUUUUAAGAACAAUGACCAUGCUAAGGAGCUGUUGAAAAGAGUAAAGCUCGUCAGUGUAUCUUUUUGUGCUGCAGCAGAACUGCUGAAAAAAUGUCUUGCAAGGCCUAAUUGUGGCCUAAUUGCAAGGCCUAAUUGUGGACAAAGAAAAGGAAACACAUUAUUGUGA